CGCGUAGGAUCUACUGCGCAGCAACAACAUAGAACUGUCAUGCGUUCGUAAGUCAUCGGAAGGGUUUUGUUUGUUCGACGCAGUAUCAUCAUGGCACCUGUGAAGAUGGACGGUCCAGCAGAUGACACCAUGCUGUCCGACGGCGUCGGGGAGGAGCAGAGGGCCUCGGGGGUGCUUAAGGGCCUGGAGUGCAUCGCCCCCCUGGUGCGCUCCGUGGAGGAGACCCUAGAGCCCAUCCCCACCGCCGUGCAGGGGACCAUCCCCUCUUGGAUCCGCGGCAACCUGCUCCGCAAUGGGCCCGGAAAGUUUGAGUUUGGGAACACGCACUAUAACCACUGGUUUGACGGCAUGGCGUUACUGCAUCAGUUCAAGAUCCAGGAGGGAGAGGUGACCUACCGCAGUCGCUUCCUGCAGAGCGACUCCUACAGGAAGAACAGCGAGAAGGACCGCAUCAUGGUGUCCGAGUUCGGGACGCUGGCCCUCCCCGACCCCUGUCAAAACUUCUUCCAGCGCUUUCUCUCCCGCUUUGAGAUGAUCAAGCCCACGGACAAUGCAAGUGUGAGCUUUGUGAAAUACAAGGGAGACUACUACGUCAGCACUGAGACCAACUUGAUGCACAAAGUGGAUCCAGAAACCCUAGCGUCGAUAGAAAAGGUCGACUGGAGUAAGUUUGUGGCUGUGAACGGGGCCACGGCCCACCCCCACUGCGACCCUGAUGGGACGGUGUACAACAUGGGCAACUCGUACGGCAGCAAAGGUGCGCUGUACAACAUCGUGCGGGUCCCUCCAGAGAAGAAGGACUCCACUGACUCGCUUCAGGGAGCCACAGUGCUGUGCUCCAUCAUGCCUGCCAACAAGUCCCACCCCUCCUACUACCACAGCUUCGCGAUGUCCGAGAAUUACGUGGUUUUCAUCGAGCAGCCCAUCAAGAUGGACCUGCUGAAGAUCGUGACCUGUAAGCUGAGAGGGAAGGGGCUGAGCGAAGGCAUCUACUGGGACCCCAAGCAGGACACCGUGUUCCAUCUGGUGGACAAGAAGACAGGCCAGGCGAGCUCGGUGAGGUACCACACCAAGGCCAUCUCCACCUUCCAUCAGAUCAACGCCUUCGAGGAAGACGGCUUCCUCAUGCUGGACAUGUGCUGCUCAGAGGACGGCCAGGCCAUCAACAACUACCUCAUCCAGAACCUCCGCAAGUCUGGAGACGCCCUCGACCAGGUCUAUAACGAGAUGACCAGGGUGUUCCCCAGGCGCUUUGUCCUGCCGCUGGGUGUCACCAGCGACACCCCGAGUAACCAGAACCUCAACACCAGACCCGACAGCCUGGCCACCUGUUUAAAGACCGGCCAGGACAAGGUGUUGUGCCAGCACGAGGAUCUCCAUGGCGACGAUCUCCUUGACUACGGAGGCCUGGAGUUCCCUCAGAUCAACUAUGGGCAGAACAACACGCGGCCGUACCGCUACUUCUACGGCUGUGGCUUCAGACACCUGGUGGGGGACUCCCUGCUGAAGAUGGACCUCAAGGACAAGUCCCUCAAGGUGUGGCAGCAGCAGGGCUUCUACCCGUCUGAGCCGGUGUUCGUGCCCUCGCCCGACGCUGUGGACGAAGACCAAGGAGUCAUCCUCUCUGUGGUGCUCACACCCUCACAGGAUAAAGGAACCUUCCUCCUUGUCUUGGAUGCCCAAACAUUCGAGGAGCUUGGAAGAGCUAAUGUGCCGGUCAACAUUCCCUACGGAUUCCACGGAACCUUUAACCCAACCGCCUAAACAUAUCGGUCUAAACCCGCCCUGACCAACGUCCAGGGGGACAGUGUUCUCAUCACAGCUCUCCCAGGGUGGGACUCUGGGACAGGGCCAACCCAGGGGUAGGACAGAGAAGGUAUUAACAUAAAAUGAAUCAACUAAUUUUGAACCAAUAUUGUCAUAUUUAGAUUGACAGGACAAUUUUCCUAUUGUGAUUCCUAGUCAAGUUUAGUCUGAAUUGUGUGAACUGCCUUACAAAGUACACAAUUUGAGAUUUCAAAUAGGUUGAUAUGAAAGAUCUGAGUGAUAUCAGAGCUCGGUACUAUACACAUUUAUCAGGCAUCAUACCUAAAUGUAGGUACGAUUAGAGAAUGGUUAAGAGUGAGCUACAAACAACCCCAAAUCUCCCUCCAUCUGUGCUCCCUCCCUGUGCAGGUGUUUUUGUAUUGAUAAGUGUUGCAUUUCAAGCAUCUGUGAUUGACAAGCAAGGUGUUUGCUAUUGAAUAUGUGAAUUCAUGUUCAAAGUGAUAUGUUCCAUGGCUCAGACAGAGGCUGCUUUAGCUGAGCACCAUGAUCUAAGCCAUCUCUGAAGGCUGAUUUUACAUAAUGGCUUUAUAUUCUUGAAUGAUUGUAAUCAUCUCUGUAAUGAUAUACAUACAUCAAACAUAUACGUUAUUAGUUGUAUACAGUAUAUCUUGUAACCACUAGGUACAAUAGGGAUAUUCUUUUGACUGCUUGGAGGUACUGUGACUCUCAGAAGGCUAUUUCCAGUAUAAGAAUAGGACAAAAUCAGGUCAGUUGCUCUUUUUAUGUGACACAUCCACCAAAGUUGCCUCAUUGGCUACAAUUGGCCCCGAGAUAUCCAUCUGACUCCAACCAAGACUUCCCAUUGGAUACAUGAUAGUGUCACACACAGACAGGGGAACCUGCCAAUAACCUUUCAAAAGGUCAAACUUAGUCACAUAAACGGCAGACCCCACCUGAUCUAUACAGUCUUCCAUGCGGGGAAGAGGAAACACAUCUGGCUUCGUAACGUUAACUUUACGAAAAUCAGUACAUGGCCUAAAAGUUGUGUCCGGCUUACUGACCAACAGACAUGGCGAUGCCCAACUUCCACUCCCAACUUCUAGCAUACCGACCAACUCAUCUGCAUACCGACCAACUCAUCUCCAUACCAACCAACUCGAUCUCCAUACCAACCAACUCGAUCUCCAUACCAACCAACUCAUCUCCAUACCAACCAAUUCAUCGCCAUACCAACCAACUCUACUACCAGACAAAGCUCUUCACAAUACCUGGUGUCUAGGACAAUCAUUUUUCCAGUGCCCUCGCUCAUGGCAGUAAUUCCAGCAACCCUGCCAUCAAACUUCCCUUAACAGACUCCUUUAGAUUUUUAUCCAAUAUCUCAAUCUCAUAUUUCUCAGCAAUUAGCAGUAAUUGGUCUUUAGUACACUGAUCCAGUAGUGCUACUGACGGUGAGACAACAAAUGUAUCCACUGUAGAUGCCAUACCUGGACUACCUACACUCACAAAAUAGAAUAGGAGAAAGAAAAAAAAAAAAAACAAUAUCAGCUGGAACCACUAACAAAGUCUGGGACAGCCAAACCAAAAUGGAACCUCCCCAGCCCUGACUAACUAAGACAUUAGCGACCCCAUAACUACCUUAACUCCAUCCCUAGUCUUCGUGCCGCUACUGAUGGGGGGUAUUUAUGCACUUUAGCCCACCGGGAAGAAAAAGGCAACUGGCAAUCAGCGACCCUCUCUUACACCGGGGAUGUGCUCCCGAGACAACCGCUCUACCCACUUUUGCAGCCACACUAAAAUUCCCCAAGACCAGUCCCCCUAUUGGAAACCAGUCUUCUUAGCCUCACAGGGGAUUCAUGGUUCCAUACCACAUUACAAGACUGUCCCCAAUAACCAAACUCAAAGUUCCAACCUUGAUUUUAUUGACUACCACCAAAACACUAACCUUUAAGCAAAAAAACAAAACAUAGGACACAAUGCUCUACUACUUCCAAACUCCACCGACCAAAUCCCUCCUAAAACUGAAAUCCAAAAGACAAAAGUCACAUGUGGAACUCCCAACACUGGCAGCUACUGACUUGGCUUCAACAGGUGCUACCAAUAAGCCAAUCAAUCCUUUGAAACCAAACAACUAAUGCAAAACUACAAUUCCUAACAGGAACACAAAGCAAAUGCCAGCACACAAACCAUAUUCAGACCAUCCAGGCUGAAUUUGACCAAAUGACCCUUAACAAACUAAACAAUUGGACGUGCCUCCAUUUUGUCACACACCGGGUCAGGUAGUGGCAAAACAAAGGGAGUCCACACAUGACAUAAAGAGAAACUAGUUUAUUAGUAACCCGUUUUUACUCGUUAAAGUAAACAUAAGCAAUUAUAUUUAAACAAAAGGAUGAUACUUAAAACCACAUGGCGGGUGGAAGACGGAGCCCAGCCUAGAAGCAGCAAAAGAGAGACUCAACACAUGGCUACCCAGCCCUUAAAUCUCUGGAUCCCUAGGAUCCACAGGUGUGGCCAAUUGGCCUGACGCCCUUUCCCAAUCUCCACCCACAACCAAUAGGCAGAGAGAGGGGCAGGGCGUCACAAUAGGCGUAGCUGCUGCAGGACCCUUAGCCAAUCCACACACCCAAGUGCCUGAGGAAUACAGGCAAUUGUUUAUAUGCACUUGAAUCUAACUGGGGUUCAGCCAAAUCAACAACUUUUUCAUAUUCAUAUUUUUUUAUGAAUUUUUUGUAUCCACUGUAUGAUUGAAUAUUGUGUUUAAACGACUUAUAUCAUUUACUGAGAACUGCAUGCAUGGAAUAAAAAUAUCAUAUUCUCAUGUUUGGAAGUUUUAAUGUGGAAAUCUUGUUUUCAAACAGCUAAUUAAUUAAAAUGUCUUUCAAUUCACAGUCAAAAGUCCAUGUGGCAUUUGCCAUUUCCAUUUGAAACGGUUUAUAAUGUAAUUCUUAAUGCACUAUAAUCGAUGGAGUCUUUCCUUUUGGGCAUUUGUGGUGUUUUUUUUUGUUGUUGUUUUUUAAUGAUUUAUAUUGCAGAGUAGAAUCAACUGAAUUGAAUUGCUUGGGGUGGCUGACUGCAGGGUUAAGCAUUAUCCCGAUAUAACGAGCGGCUAAUUAAUUAAAAUGUCUUUCAAUUCACAGUCAAAAGUCCAUGUGGCAUUUGCCAUUUCCAUUUGCAACGGUUAAUAGUGUAAUUCUUAAAAACCAAAAUGAUUUUGUGGAAAAAAUACUAAAUUAAUCAAUGUGUGUUGUUAAACUUUAUGGACAAUAUACCAUCUCUUAAGAAUAUAUUCUUAAACAUACCUAUAAUACUAUAUCGAAACAUGGAACAGAAUGAUAAUGAUUGAAAGAUAAUCAUUAACUAACUAAAAGUGAAAUAUUUUUUCUUUGAAAAUAGUUCUUCCUCAAAAAUAAUUGCACUGCGGUGCAUGCUGUUGCCUGUAACUGCCACGCAAGGGCGCUCUAUCACUUGCUAUGACCCGACGCUUCAUGAGCACGCACUGUCUGCACAGCAAAACCGUCUCAAUAGCUUAAACUUGAUUAUUCACGGUUAUUUUCAAACUUUUAAAUAUUGCACCCGUGAGCAAAAACACUGACGAUCUUUUUCAUCAUAAGUAUUCAUAUAGGCUACAUCUUAUGUUUCGAAUCAGAGCAGAGGGCCAGUCACUUGAUAAAGCAGUGCCAGGAUUCAGUCCUCCUCCCCGAGGCAUCCCCGCUGUGAACAGCGUACGUGUGUGUGUGUGUGUGUGUGUGUGUGUGUGUGUGUGUGUGUGUGUGUGU